GCCGAAGCCAUAGCUGAAGCAGAAUGCCAACUUUUUCCACUCUACUUUCAACAUUACAGACAGUAAGUAGCCUCUCCCCUCUCCUCGACCUUCGCAUAGUAGAGACAACAACCCAAAUCCCACUCCCAAAUCUCCAAGCAAAUUCCCAUCCUUCUCUCUCUCUCGUUCACUGGUCCCUCCCUCUUUCUGUUGUUUCUUUUCAUGGGUUUCCUCUUUCUGUUCACGCCUCUCUCUCUUGCCAACUGUUCUGUUCUUCAUUCAUCCCAGUUCCCUUCUUCUUCUUCUUCUUCUUCUUCUUCAACUCCAACCCCAUCAAUCAAACAGGCAUCAACGGCUCUCUGCGUUUUGUUUGCAGCACUGUUAAGAAUGCAAGCAAGCAAGCAGUAGUGAUUCACCAUUGCUCUUCCCUCCCAGCCUGUCGUUUUGUUUGCAGCACUGCGUUCGUCGUUUUGUUUACUCGCCCGUCUCGUCGCUUUCACACACCCCCCAAAAACCAUACCAUAGCUUUCUUGGAUACUUGCCCUUUUUCAAGCUUACAGCCUUACCUGGCAUUUCUCCUUUCCCUGGGCUUCUCAACUUUAAUCACGCUUCUGGCAAUUCGGCAAAUAUUCGCCGUCCCCCCCACCCGCCCCAGCCAGAUGCUUCUUCUUUCUUUGCUCUCUGUACGUGCGAUUAAGCAGCAACCAUUCAACUUGACUUGAUGCUCUUCAAAGGGUAGAAACAGAGCAAGGAAAAAAGAGAAACAGGGUACUCUGUUUUUUUUUUUGUGUGUGUGGGGAUGGGAGGACAAGGGAUGGAGCAGAGUCAGACUCCGACCACCGUCCCCGUCGCCACCACCACCAACUGCCUCGCCGUCUCCGACAAGCGGCCUAAUCGCCCCGGCGGAUGUGUCGGCAUUUUCUUCCAGCUAUUUGAUUGGAACCGCCGGUUCGCCAAGAAGAAGAUCUUCUCCACCAAACUUCUCCCUCCAGCUCGAACGAAGCAAGCUUCGAAGAAGUUUGCAGGGGAUGAAAAGAUGCCCAAGACCAAGCCUCAUCUGAUUGAAGACGAGAACAUCGGCGGUUUCCCAGCAAAUGCCAAGAAGAUUAGUAAGGAUCGAAGUCUCGCGGAGUUUCAGAAGCAGGAAAUGCGGUCUCCAAGUUUGGUUGCUAGGCUCAUGGGUCUCGACUCAAUGCCUGCUCUGCAGAGAGAUAAGCAGAAGAAGGCUUCAAAUUCUGUUGCUUACUCCAAUGUCACGCAAGACCAUAGGUUUAAUGAUGGUUCUGAUCGUGUAGCUGAUUUAAACUCGGAUAAGUUAAGCACCAAGCUUGAAUCUAGGCCUCAAAAGCUUCAAAAGACUGGACAGUGCGACAGAAGGGCAGUAGCAGCAACCACUAGGUUUGGAGCUGAAGCGUUGGACAUAAGGAGUGUUCUGUCAAGGUCUAGGAAGCAUAAAUAUAAUAACCCUCCUGCCAAACUUGCUACCCCAGUAGUUAAAAGCCCCAAGCUUUCGACCGCACGCCAUGGGUCGAGGACUUCUAGGUUGAUCGAUGCCGCUACAAGGAUUUUGGAGCCUGGAAUACAAGCUACGAAUAGAGCCAAAUCCACCAUUGCUUACUCGAAUUCGAGACGUUAUGCUCCCGAUGAUGAUGUUUUAGGAGGGGUUUUUGGACAGUCUGUGAAGGAAGUACAGAAGAGUAAUGUGACUUCUUGCAGGAAUUGUGGCAAUGCUGUUGAUGUGGUUGUGGAAUCCAGGUCACAUUUGGUGGAGGAAGAGUCUGAGUUUCAGUAUCGUGCAGCGUCGCUCGCUUCUCAUUUCGCUUCUGAUCAAGGGAGAGAUGUAGCCUGCAAGAGGAAACAAGUGCAGCAGCAAAGUAGUAAUGUGGAAAAGCAGGACAAAGGGAGAGCUUGUAGUAGUGAAGUGGUUGUGGAUAGGAAAGCCAUUUUACAUGAGUUUAGAGCCGGAGGGCAGUCAAAUGGAUUUCAACAUGGCAGCAGCAACCAUCAAAGGGAUGAUGAGACAUCUGCUGCUGUUGCUUUCAAGCAGAGAAGCCAAGGUCAGAGCAGAAUGCCAGUAGUAGGGACUGAUAGAUUGACUCAGGGUUCCAAGCUGAGUUCAUUUAGUGGUACUAAAGAUUUUGUUGCUAUGAACAGAAGUUUGAGUGGUCGAUCCAGGGCUCGGGUAUCGAACAGGAUGGAUAAUCCCACCUUCAACAUGGAGAGGAAAUUCUGUAACAGAAGAGAUGAUGUCUUGCCACAGUUAAGGAGCCCAGGGGUUAAGAGGAAGACAGUGAGUGUCAAAGCUCAACUUCAAAAUAGUGGACAUGGAAAUUCGUCAAUGCCGCCUGUAAGACAAAGGAGCAUCAAUUUUGAUGCUGUCCAUGGGAAGGAAAUAGGAUCAAACCCUUUCCGUGCGAGAACCAGAUUCGAUAGUCAUGGUGAAGGCAACAAUGAUCUUGCUUCUUUUACAUUUAGUUCCCCUUCUAGGGUAAAAACUGGUUAUGGUAGCAGGAACCAAAUGGGGACAAGCACUCCAAAGCAAAGGGACAUGGUCAUAGAUGAAAGUGAAGCGAAACGAUGUGUGCAAAAGCAAGUUUCGCCGAGAAGAGAUGCAUUAGGCUCCCUUCUGGAACAAAAGUUGAAAGAAUUGAUCUCACAAGAGGAGGAUGAGUUGAAAGGUGGCAGUGCACUUCCCAUAAGAUCCACUGCUAUGAUUCUCCAGGAGCUGAUAUCUGCUUUGACAAUAGAAACUUCGAUUCCCACUUCUCCACCAAGUUGUUUUCCCAUUGCCAAUACACCUUUCCAGAAUGGAAAGAAUCACCUGAGUCCUGGAUCUGUUCUUGAUGCCAGCUUCUCCAAUGAAAGCUGCUUCUCCAGCAGUCUAGAUGACAACUCAGCUUCAUCAAUGCUUAAUUGGGAUUCUACAACAACCUCCACAACCGAAGGCAGGACAUUUUCGAAGCUGGUGACAGAUCUCCAUGACCACAUCUCUAGAAUAUUGCAGUGCAUAACUCUAGCUGGUGGUGGGUGUGAGUUAACCAGCAGGGACCUUGGUCAUGCAAAGGAAACUAUCUUGACUGCUGAGCUCUUUUUCGGAGCAGCAACUCAUCAUGGUCCUGACAGAACGACAAGUUCGGUGUUGGGAUCUUUCCUUCUCGACGAGCUGAAUGCUGUUGCAGUUUCCAUGGGGAGCACUGAGGGUAGCAAAGAGGCCAGCAAUCAACUCAGGAGGCUACUGUUCGACUGCGUCAUAGAUUGGUUGGAUUCGAGAUACAGCAGGUAUUGUGAUGCAGGGUUCAGAACAUGGAGGCAGCAGCAGCUGGUGUCGCCAUGGUGCAAGGAGACAGUGAUGGAAGAGGUCGAAGAGGAGGUUAAGAGGUGGACAAACAUGGCCGGGUUGAUACCAGAUGAGAUGGUGGAGUUGGAGAUGGGACAAUCAUUAGCGAAAUGGACCGAGUUUGAGGUUGAUUCUUACGAGAUCGGUGGCGAGCUUGGCUGCGAGAUCGUCGAGGUUUUGCUGGAAGAAACUGUGAGAGACUUAUGGCAACUCUAGCAGAAUGGAGGCACUUAGUCAACAACCCAUUUCAUGGUGACAUGUCGUGUACAAAAGUGACGAUUUGGGAGGUUGGAUCGCUUAGAUGGCUCUAGCUGUACUGUAUCAUCUUCUUCUGUUCUAGUUCGGAUUAUAGAAAACGUGAAUUUCGUUUUGGCAGAUCUUUUCAAUAAUGACAAUUUGGAUUCUAUGAAGAACUGGAAAUGUUAGCUAACUGGAAAUGAUCUUUUAGUUAAUGACGAUGUAAAAAAUACUCAGUAAGUUCAUAAUCGGGCUUUUACAUGUAUAGAAUCAUGAAAUGUAUUUGAUUGAUUACAGGGAACUGAAAUUCUUCAAGUGUUAAUACAAGGUUUCGCAGUUGCAAUCCAGCAAAACCAAACUCCCUCUGCUAUAGCAACGAAACAGAGUAAUGAACAAAGAACACCACACCUAAAACCCACAUCAUGAAUGAUGAAAGAACCGGAAAAAGAAGAAGAAGAAGAAAAGAAAUCACAACGGUGGCAGUAAGAAUCGUAAAAGGAACAAAAAUCGAACGAAUCUUAGUGUCUGUACCCAAGCACGGUCUUCCCGUUCCCAAUUCCUCUCCCACCAACAUUUCCCCUGCUGCUGGUGAACCCUCCCACUCUGUUUUCCCCGUUCAUAAUCGAAUUUGACGCCGCCGCCGACAAUCCCUUCAAUUCCUCCAAAUUCGCGUAGCUCUUCCUCGCCAUCAAUCCACCGCCGCCGCCGCUGUUCCCCAUUCCCCUCCUCUUCUCCCCCGACCCAACGGAUUUGCUCCCUCUCGAAGACAACACGCCCUGCAUCUUCGACCCGCUCUUGCACGGCGGAGGCGUCAGGUGCCCCAGCAUCACUGGCGCCGGUUUGGGCUUUCUGUUCUCCUUCCUCAGAGUCGCCGAGAAAUCCGGCACCGACUGAGCCAGCAUAGACGUCGCGCCGUACCCAGAAGCCCUUCUCGAAACAGGGGCAGGGAGAUUGAGCGGUUGGUGUUUGAAUUUGACCUGUUUCUUCGGCGGCGGAGUUGUCUGCCUCCAGGACUCGGUCUCCACCACCGGAAAUCGGGAAAACGCCGUCGCCAUGGCGGCGGUGGUGGUGGUGGAGGGGAUCUUGGUACGGAGCUUGGAUUCCCUGAGGUGGGCGUAGGCCGAGUAGCGAGGCCCCCGCUCCAUGAAGUAGGUCUCGGUGGUGAGCUUGAGAGGGAUGGGCUCGAAGGAAUCGGAGGAAUUUUGGGAGAGAAUGAGGGAGAUUGGGUCGAGGAUGUUGAAGACGGCGGUGGAUUGGAAAGUUGGGUUCUGGUGUUGAAGAGCGCCGCUGCUGAUGGAUGCUGCCAUGAUUCUUUCUUUCUUCUCCGAUUUCGUUUCGUUUCCUUGAUGGGUUUUCGAUGGAAUGAAUGGUGGAUGUGAGAAUGAUCGAUUAAACGAUGAAUCGGAGGAGGC